AUGGUUCCUGCAAUUUCCUUGAGGGAUGUGCAAAGUUGGCAUCGUGGCUGCGGUAAUGGGAUGAUUAUCGGCAAUGUUGGCAUGGUGGUGCUCAGUGUGCUGGCCUCAGUGAGGCCUACAGCCGCAUGGAAGGAAGUCGAGGCCAUGGCCAUUGAACAGCAGGAAAUGCUUGGCAUCCCAGCGCAGCUCAAAUAUCAUGGUGGGUGGAAGAAGUGGCGGUUGGAGGUGGGUGAGACAACCCACAGCUUCCUGGACAAAACCCAAGCCCUUCAGGUGUCCAAAUGGGUCGGAGAGUGCAUGGUGAGAUUAGAAUCCUCCUCCAACCACAGUCUGACCGCAGAGUUGAAAGAGGCGGGCCUGAAAGCGAAAAGGUCGAAGCAGGACUUGGUCAAGGCAGUGCUCCGUCUACGGUACAAAGCUGCUAGCCACCCUUGCAUAUGCUGCACAGGCGUGAAGGCGGGGAUCCCUCUAUAUAAGCCAUAG